UCUGAUUGCCGCGGAAAAUCACGGCCAGUAUUGCCGGUCACGAUAGCUGGAUCAGAUAUUGCACGCGGAAUCGUCUGGAGCCGCGGAGAAGACGCGUCGAGUGACGGCGUCAAAUCAGCUACGGUUACCGCUGCCAUACCAUUGGCCAGCGUUGCCACCGAUGACUGA